CUGUCUCUCAGAUUGCAUUUGCUUUCACGGAUCUGUUUAGUACUGAAAGGGAAAGGGGGAGGGGGAAAAAAAAGAAGGCAAAAGUGCUGCACUGAAUGUGAGAUCAUGCAAAAGCUAGUGCUCUAUGCUUCUAUUUACCUGUUCAUGCUGAUUUCAGUUGAUCCGGUGGCUCUUGAUGACAGUAGUCAGCCCACAGAGAACGCUGAAAAGGACGGACUGUGCAAUGCUUGUACGUGGAGACAGAAUACAAAAUCUUCCAGAAUAGAAGCCAUAAAAAUUCAAAUCCUCAGCAAACUGCGUCUGGAACAAGCUCCUAACAUUAGCAGGGAUGUUAUUAAACAACUUUUACCCAAGGCUCCUCCACUGCAGGAACUGAUUGAUCAGUAUGAUGUGCAGAGAGAUGACAGUAGCGAUGGCUCUUUGGAAGAUGAUGACUAUCAUGCCACCACCGAAACGAUUAUCACAAUGCCUACAGAGUCUGAUUUUCUUGUACAAAUGGAGGGAAAACCAAAAUGUUGCUUCUUUAAGUUUAGCUCUAAAAUACAAUAUAACAAAGUAGUAAAGGCACAAUUGUGGAUAUACUUGAGGCAAGUCCAAAAACCUACAACGGUGUUUGUGCAGAUCCUGAGACUUAUUAAGCCCAUGAAAGAUGGUACAAGAUAUACUGGAAUUCGAUCUUUGAAACUUGACAUGAACCCAGGCACCGGUAUUUGGCAGAGCAUUGAUGUGAAGACAGUGCUGCAAAAUUGGCUCAAACAGCCUGAAUCCAAUUUAGGCAUCGAAAUAAAAGCUUUUGAUGAGAACGGACGGAAUCUUGCUGUAACUUUCCCAGGACCGGGGGAAGAUGGAUUGAACCCAUUUUUAGAGGUCAGAGUUACAGACACACCAAAACGGUCCCGCAGAGAUUUCGGUCUCGACUGCGACGAGCACUCGACAGAAUCCCGCUGUUGCCGCUACCCGCUGACGGUGGAUUUCGAAGCCUUCGGGUGGGAUUGGAUUAUCGCUCCCAAAAGAUACAAAGCCAACUACUGCUCCGGAGAAUGCGAGUUUGUGUUUUUACAAAAGUACCCGCACACCCACCUGGUGCACCAAGCCAACCCCAGAGGCUCGGCAGGCCCUUGCUGCACGCCCACCAAGAUGUCCCCCAUCAAUAUGCUGUACUUCAACGGCAAAGAACAAAUCAUCUACGGCAAGAUACCAGCCAUGGUUGUAGACCGCUGCGGGUGCUCAUGA